AUGGCGACCAUGGUUUCGGAAACACAGCAUAUCCGAGUGGAAUCAAACAGAUCGGAGUCUGUCACACUGGAUCUGUUGAAUAAGGCAAUGAAUCGGCAAACUGAACUAUUUGCCGACCUAAGCAAUGAUUUAGAUGGCAUAGUAUCCCGGAAUAUCAGAAAAGAACUACGACAAGCAUUCCCAGACCUGAGCGAUGCUCGUGCCGGCUCGUCUCGAAAGGCUUCUCAUGCCGUUGGGACACUGGAACGAGAAUCGCGUACGGAGGCGAAUACUUCCGACCUUCAGAGACCUGCAAGACAGUCACGUCUUGAAAGCGAGUGGACCUCGCAAUGGAGAAAGGUCUCUUCUACUUCAACCCGCCGUACUUUCUCUCGGAUCAGUCUUUUCGGGAAAAUCAUCAUUACCACUACCACGACCACGUAUUCGGGGAACGUCUCGCUAGAUGUCCAGAAAUCACAGAAAGAGGUAUCACACACCACCGUUGUGUACGUACCAGCUUUCUGGAUGUUUGGAACUGGCGUCAUUCUGAAAUAUAUCACCGGUAAACUUAUGGGGGAAAUUUCGCAACCGAAGCCAGCAUUCUCGAUGCGAACUAUAAACGUCAUCCCGGAAAAGUCUGAGAUUGUGACAGCUUGCAAGGCUUUGGAUUUAGCCGCUAUUCGUUCAUUAUUCGACCUUGGCCGCGCAUCACCAUUUGAUGUCAGCGAGGACGGCCGGAAUUUAUUGCACUAUACCAUUGCGAGCAAUUCAACCGCAUACAGAUGGGCACCAAGAGCUGUUGCUCAAGAGGGCCUAAAGAAGAUGGUUGCAAUUGUGGAUCAGUUUCUCGAUGCUGGUGUAGAUGGAGGGACGCUGGAUGACGAGGAUCUAUCUGCGAUCGGUGCUCUGCUCGACAACUUUCGUGAAGACUUCGAGCUCAUUGAAGCGCUUAGCGAUGACUUUCAGUUUCUCACGCAUAGGGUGCUGCGAUACGCGGAACAAGACCCUUUCUGCGCGUGCUCCGCGCUCAUAAAAGUGACUCGGGAAGGUGACUACGGAGCAGAGAGCUUUCCUGGAUCUUUGGGCCGGUGGCAGGAUAAUAUCUAUUAUUCUUACCUUGUUCACCCUGUUAUCUUGCGGGCAAUUCUGUCCCAAAGUGACUGGCUGUUAUCAUGGGAUGAACGCCAACUACAAGAGCUUUGCAACAUUCUACCUUGCUCUGAAGUUGUCGGCUUUGGUUUCUGUGAGUGGAAGGAGACUGAAAAGAUGAGGUUGAAAUUCCUAGUCAUCAGUCACGCGAAGGAGCUCCAAAGCCAUCUCGAUUCAAAGACAAAGCUUCUCCGGCUGUUACUGGAUCAUGGUGUGUUCUCAACUACCGCAGAGCUUGGAAGGUCUCUGUACAUUGAUGCCAUCCACACCACGAUUCACUCUGGGGGCUCUGCUUUUAGCCUCUUAACAGAGCACGAUUAUUACGGGAAGGAGCCUCCAUGGAUUCGGCAAAAAUUCCAAAAGCUUUUACACAUAAGGGCUUUCAUGCUCGAUACACUUACUAUCAUUCUAGAUGCUCUUUGGUCUGUGUCGCCCAAGAACGAUGACCCUCACUGGAAAGAAUUCGCCCAACAUGCACAGUCACACAACUUGCGUAUUCUCAAUGUUUGUAUGACAGCCUUGAGGAACUCGAAAUAUCAGACAUCUGAUACUGGCUUUGCAAUCGAUAGCGAUUCAGGUGGCAAUGAUGACAGACCGAACCAUCAACACACAGGUGACGACGAAGGCUGGGAGACUGAGCAUUCGUCCAGCGAAGAGGAUGGGUGGGAGACCGAAGAGGACUGGCAAGAGGGUUAUAUGCUGGACAAGGCAGUCGAUAGAGAUCACUUGGACGACCGGAACAUGCAGAUGCAACGGUGUGAAGCUUGUCAAAAUGAUUUUGACGACUCUUGCUGGGAGCAUGUCCUUUCCCGUACACAAGAGCCAUCGAAGACAGUCGCGGAUCAUAAGCAGGGACAUGGCACGAUCAGCAAAGUUUUCAACGCAGCCAAGCGAGUGGCAGGCUUUUAG